AUACCCGCCCCCCCACCCCAUCGCCGGCGCCCUUCCCAUCGCUCAGGCGGAGGCUGGUCCGCCUGGCGGCUUUUGCGAUCGCCGCGGCUUUUCGGAGAAGCGGCUUCCGAGACGCACCUUGCAGCGAGCGGCAGGCGGACCGAUGGACGACAAUGAGGAAACCGCUGACGUGACAACGCCUGGAUUCCUGGAACCAUGUGUUUCCUUCCUGGAAAGAGCCCCCGAAAUUUCGGGUUUCCGCAAAGUGGAAGGGAUCUGUGAGAUCCAACACGGCUCGGUGGGUCUGCCAAGCAUGAUCCCUGUGCUGGAAGAAGGCCAUUCCGUCGAAGGGACGUCGUACAUCUGCUCCGAUUGCGGGAAGAGCUUCUGUAGCAUCUCCAGCCUGAUCAGCCAUCAAAAGCGCAACCACUCGGGGGAGAAGCCUUACAAAUGCGCGGAUUGUGGGAGGAGCUUCCACCAGAGCUCGGAUCUCGUGAAACACGAGCGGAUCCACACGGGAGAGAAGCCGUACAAGUGCACCGUGUGCGAGAAGCGGUUCAAUCAGCGCUCCUACCUGAUCGUUCACGAACGCUUCCACACGGCGGAGAAGCCGUACAAGUGCUUCCUCUGCGGCAAAAGCUUCUGCUCCAACGCCCACCUCAUGACCCAUCAGAGGACCCACACGGGGGAACGGCCCUAUCAGUGUCCCGAGUGCGGGAAGCGUUUCACCACCAGCUCCAACUUUGUCAACCACAAAAAGACCCACACGGAAGAGAAACCGUACAACUGCUCCCUCUGCGAGAAGAGCUUCAAACGGAGCUCGAACCUGAUCCAGCACGAGAGGACGCACACGGGCGAGAAGCCGUACACCUGCCUCACCUGCGGGGAGAGUUUCGCUUCCAAUUCGGGUCUCGUGAAACACCAGCGGAGCCACACGGGGGAGAGGCCUUACAAAUGCUCGUACUGCGGGAAGUGCUUCAGCCAGAGCAUGAUCCUCACCCAGCACGAGAGGACGCACACGGGCGAGAAACCCUGCAAGUGCCCGGCUUGCGGAAAAAGCUUCCGCUCCAGCUCGGAUCUCGUGAAGCACAAAAGGAUCCACACUGGGGAGAAACCCUAUAAAUGUUCCCUGUGUGGGAAAAGCUUCACCACCAGUUCGGAUGUGGUGAAGCACGAACGGACCCACACGGGCGAGAAACCCUACAAAUGCGGCACUUGCGGGAAAAGCUUCAGCCAGAGCGCACACCUCAUGCAACACCAGAGAAUCCACACGGGGGAGAAACCUUACUCCUGUCUGAUUUGCGGCAGGUGUUUUACCUGCAGCGCGCACUUAGUGGUCCACAAACGGACCCACAAAGAUGGGGAGGGGUUAAAAGUAUAACCGUCGGUGUUGUCUCAGGUUGUGGGUUGUAUUUACUGGCAGGCCUGCUAUGUAUGUGCGAGAGAAAAACAGAUGGCAUCCAAGAUGCUACCCGGCAACGAAACCAGGGGUGAAAUAUAAAAUUUGUUACUACCGGAUAUGUGGGCGUGGCUUGGGAGGGCGGGGUAAUGUGACUGGGUGGGUGUGGCCAACUUUUUUUUUAACUUUUAAAAACAUUUUUUCAACAAUCUCUUCAGCUAAAGAGGUUGUCAAAAAAAUGCUUUUAAAGGGUUCUGACGAUCCCAGCUGAGCCGUGUGAUCAUCAGAGGCUUUUUUUUUUUACUUUUAAAAGCAUUUUUUCCACUGAAGAAAACAUGCUUUUAAAAGUCAAAAAAACCCAAACCUCUGAUGAUCGCGCAGCUCAACUGGGAAUCGGCAGGGGGAGGCAGGGAUUUUUGCUAUUGGUUCUCCGAACCACCCGCCGCCAUCGCUACCGGAUCGGGUGAUCCAGUCCGAACCGGGAGCAUUUCACCCCUGGACAAAACUAAUCCCAAGUUUUAUUUGCUGCCACGAAGCCAGAUGUCUCUAAACCGAACUAUAGAAUCCAGAAUAGAGGAGGGUAGAAAAAGUAACCUUAGAAACGGAUCUGGGUUUUUUUAUUAUGCAUGGGGGGGGGGGGGGAGAAAGAAAAUCGAGUUAGGAGAGAAGCCAUAAUUUUUCCCACUCCAAUCCAAACCCAAGAGGGGGAGGUCCGGAGCUCGCUUGGCAAAAUUGGCGGUAAACCCUGCGAUGAAUUGAACCGGAUUAGGCUCGCCAAACCCAGUAUAUUGUGAUUUUCAUGAAUUAUUAUGUGUGAUUCCUUUGUAAUAAAUAGGUGGCUGUUG